AUGGCGGACCAACAGCAGCAAGAGUUGAGGAAAAGCGUAACUCUCGAGAAAAAAGACACUAGUCCCUCCAACCAGAGCCAGAAUGGACCUAUCGAGCCCGGAGACCUCGAGGCGCUCACACAAUACGUGCAGGAGCUGAUGCAGCAGAUGCAGGACAAAUUCGCGAACAUGUCGGAACAGAUUCUCAGCCGCAUCGACGACAUGUCUCAUAGAAUAGAAGAUAUUGAGAGGAAUGUGACUGACAUCUCCGCUCAAACUGGCCUGGACUCGUCGUCCACUCCGACAAACGCCACCGCGACGCAAUCCGCCCCUCCCCAAGGAAAAGAGAAUAUCCCUGAGACAACCAAAGAAGAGAAACAGUAACGAUGAUCUCAUAUACGGGCGAACCUGAGCCAAGAUCCUCACGCACAACUGGUGGAAACAUUUGCCUUGCCGUUUACUUGGAGGAGUUCGUGUGAACCAUCAGAGAUUUGUGAGAGACUUGAAGGUCCCAGAUCCGAGGGAGAAAACCGGCGAAUCAUCCUGAAGCUGCCAGGGAGACUGUCGCUGGAGCAGAUCCUGCCUGAGUAUUCUUUGGUUCUCAGAAUAUUCCACAUCCUACAAAUUCAUCGCAACCACCGCUAAAGCCAUUGUUCGGAUGGGGACGGAUGACUACAAAUGUCCGGAUGUUGAGAGAAA